UACUUCGUCUGCCGUAUAAAGCCGGCGUGCAGUGUUGGAAAACGGUUUUUUAAUUGCUACUUUAAAAACUGUCGCGAUAAAGCGUUCGUUUUACAUUCUGCAGUUGAAAAUGCUUUCAGUAUUAAUAUUAUGCGUGGCGCUGAUAUGUGGAGUUCCACAAGUGGCGUCACAAUUUGACUCGACAACCUCCUCGUCGACGGGCUUCACAGCGCAUGUGGAAUUCAACCCGCAAGGCGGAAACCAGUCCGGAUCCGCUGCCGGCAGCACUAACACCAGCAACUAUGCUCCCAUUACACAGUUUUUCGGACAAGUACUGCGAAAUCAGGUGUGGGGAAUCCACAAAUGCAAAAAGCCUAAGGACUGCGGACUGGGUCUGCGCUGUGACCUUUUGCUGAAUCUCUGCGUGCCAUUCAACACUCCGAUAUUUACUGAUAUCGAAAAGCCUUGCCUGAACCAGAGUGACUGCUCUCCCAUGCACGCUUGCCAGGCUGGUUUCUGCCGCUUCUGCGGACCGAAGAGCUGCCGCAACAGCAUGGAUUGUUGUGCCGGCAGUUUCGCUACGGCGGAACACCACGGUACUUUCUUCGAAUGCCUCAACAUCGAAGACAACGAGAAGCUGGCGUUGGCUAAGCAGCUCGGCCGUGUUCCGGCCAACUACCAGCCGUUGCCCAAAUCCGCUGGCGGAAAGAGCGAAGAGUUCGGCAUCGAAUCGGAGGAACUGCUGCAGCUCGGCUCCACCGCACAGGGUGACGCGGCUAUGUAUGGAAAGCGAUGCUGGCAAAGGUGCAAUGUCGACAACGACUGCUACUUUAAAUCGACACCGGCAGAUAUUAAGCAGUCCCUGGGAUGCUGUAACGGUGUGUGCACUCGUCGUCAAUCCUGCGUGAAAGCCUCGCAGCAAGCCAUCCAACAGAUGCAAAUCCUCCAACAGCAGCAACAGCAACAAUUACUCCUCCACCAACAACAGCAACAAGUGCUCCAGCAACAGCAGCACCAGUUGCACGGCCAGCAACAUGCCGGCCACGCCCACGGUCAGCAGCAACAGCAGGGCGGCUGGGGAGCGCACGGACACGGUCAGAUUCAGCAGCCCACUCUCAACGUGCAGGUGCAGUUCCAGCCGCGUCCCAAUUCUUGGCAGGAAGCGCAGCAACAGCAGCCGAAUUUACAGGGUUAAUUUGCUCAGGAGAUCUGUGGGGAUUUGGUAUGCCAGUAACCGAUAAGCUUUGCAUGUACCAUGCUUUGAACUGCAAUGUAUAAAAUAUAUAAUUAAGGACUGGAGUAGUUACAUUCAAACGCACGUAAACACUUUUGGACACUUGCAUUUACUCUGCCAAAAAUGAUAUUGUUCUAUGUGUUCAAAGUCCAAAAGAAAAACACUGAUAAAGAAUGAUCGAAAAA